GCUUCUACGCGGACCAGCUUGCUACCUCCACGCCCGCCAUGCUCGUGCCCCUGAUUGGCUCCUCGAAGGACACCUGCACGGAAUUCUUCAUUCGGCGCAACGAGGCAGUUGGCAUUUUCGUGGCUGAGAAGGGGACGAGGGGCGCACGCGUCGCUUGGAAGGACAUCGAUGAGACGGUGUCGUCCUUCAAGAAGCGGGAGGUUCGCAUGAAGCGGGCGCCCAACCGCAUUCUCUUGUUGGCAGACUACGAGCGGGAGCACGGAGAUCCGAACACCAACGGGAAAGGUCACAUGGUCAUCAUGCAUGAAGGCCACGAGUGCGUGCGCAUCCCAGGCAGGCUGGAGUGGAGCGAGGAGGACAUCGUCACUCAGGGAGUGGCGAAACGGCGCGUUCACCAGACCAGCGAGGGCUCCCUGUUCGACGGCCAGCUUGAUCGCGCCUUCGCGGGGCUUUCCGCAAGCCUAUCGCACGCAUUUGCCAGGGCUCCUGGCGAGGAGGCCCCGAGCAUCUUCGCGAAGGCGGCUGCUCCAGCUCCUGCGCCACCCUCGGCGGCCCGUCAGCCGCCGGCCGCCUCUGCGGCGGGGCCCAGUCCGAACAUCUUCGGCGGCAUCCAGGCUGCUUUCAUUCCAGUGGUGGCGCCCCCGGCCGCAGGUCAGCAUGCCGACGCAUGUCAGGCGGGCGCCGGGGCGAAGCCCAAGAAAGCAGCUGCCAGGCGCCGCGCUUCCAGUGCAGCCAGCAGCAGUGGUUCCACAGCCGGCGCCGGCGGCGUCGGCGGCGCUGCCGAUCGUGGCGCCACCAGCGACACCAGCGAGCAGGAGAGUAACAAGCGGCGCCCAGGUCGCCCGCGAGGAAACCGACGGGCAGCUCUGAUCACCCACAUGACCGAGUACCGUGCCUGCAGCCAAGACGAGAAGUACUUCAGCGUGCAGAACUUCCAGAGGCAGCUAGCCAAAGCUCUGGCCGAGUUCACCGACACGAUUGUCCCCGAGUCCAAGCUGAAGGAGGAGCUCGACGCAGCAAGAAUGAAAGGCAUUGACGAUCCCGAGCUGUACGCAGACUGCGACGCGGUCCAAAGUCUGCGCAAACAAGCGCAAGAGGCCCUCAGCAUGGCCAAGGCGUGGGCGCGGACUGGGACGUUUGACAAAGCGUUCCUCAACGCUUACCGGAUGUCGCUCGCCUUCCUCGCCAGUCCACCCGUUUCGCCUGCGCCGUUCCCGCACUGGAUGAUGUCGCAGUUCAUUGCCAAGCAGGGCGCCGCUCCAGACGAGAACAUGUGGAGUUGUUUGGAACCGUCCACACUGUCGGAUGCGGGGUUCCCGACCGCCGAUGCGCAGCAUGCUAUGCUCGUGGACAUGGUGAAAAUGAAAAUCAGCAUGAUAUCGCAGGGAGACCAGGCGCAUCUGCAGAGCGAUCUCCUUCGCCUGGCGCGCACCCUUCCAGAGUGGGCACCGGCGGAGCUGAAGGCGGACAUGGGCGCCUUGAGGACUGCGAUGCAUAUGCUCGAGGACGAUGUCAUGCCCGACCUGGCGGAGCUUGAGCAGGCGGCGGAGUGCGUCACAGGCAUCCUGAGCAAUCGCUGGCCCACGGCUGGGUCGGCGGCACAGUGGCCGAUCGCUAAGAAAGUGUUGCGCGACGCGCAGGUGGCGAUCGAGGGUUACACCGCUGGCGCCCAGCUGCAGAAGCGCGUGGCGAACUCGGUGAAGCAGGCCCGUGAGCACGCCCGGCAGGACGCCUCAACCACAUCUAUGGACGUCAGGACGCGCGUCACCAGCGUCCUAGGCCACCUGAGCACCAUCUCGAACCUCUUGCUUGCGGCGACUCCCCUGUCCGAGAGGUACCUCUGCGUUUCGGACAUCGACGAUGCGCUGCACGACUAUUGCGCGAUCGCGAUGGACUUG